AACCCUACCGGUACCGUCAGGAAAAUCUUUGAACCGGGUUGAAGGUGUCAUCGCUACGAUUGAGCUGUCAAGAGAGCAAGAGAUAGAGACGAGCCAACCCAUAUUUAUGGAAAGAGGAUUGUGAAGAGAGGAAAAGAUGAGGCUUUUAACACUGAUCGCGGCCAUUUGUUGGGCUUCAAGCCAUGCUUUUACUGCCACUACUGGUACAGAUAGAACAGCUUUGACCUGUGAUCGACGAUCCUGUGGUACUGGGAGCAAGAAAUCCCGUCCACUUUGGGCUUCCAUGGAAGAUUCUUCUUCUUCAUUCCAUACCAGUCGACGUGAUCUCCUUCAAAGCAUGGCCUUGAUCAUCCCUCUGGCAACAAUGCCCGCAGUCGCACUUGCCGGUAUUCCUUCUCGUAUGGACGUCAACAAUGCUUUGGCCCGUGAAUACACUGCCUUUCCUGGGCUAUACCCCACCGUAGCCACCAAAAUUGUCAAGGGAGCACCCUACAAGAGCAAAAAGGAAGUUUAUGCUGUUCUUAAUGAAGUGGAAAGUGAACGACUUAAACAAUACGACAGAGCGAUUGUCAUUGAAAAGCCAGAUGCUCAAUUGAAACAAUUCAAAACCAGCCAAAUUUGCAAAUAUGAAUGUGGCAGUCGAGCGUCCAGCGCCUAUCGAGAUGAACAAAUCAAGGCAGUGCAAAAAGCUAGAAGUGUAUACUGAACAAUAUUAAAAAAUAUGGCAAUGAGUGUGGGUGGUCAUUUGGUUGGACGGUUCUUCUGUGUAACCAGGAAUGAUGCACUUCGUUUUAGAACAGAAAGCGAAGGCUACAAGCGUGGCGAGAAGAAUUCAAUAGUGCACUCGGCACCAGAACUCCAGCCUGAAGGCUUGUCUCUGUCAAUCCCAGUAAAUUAUAUUUAGAAUACUCACUUUUUGCUGC